UGCACGCUAGUUCGAGUUGUGAGUUGUGACACGAAAUCACUAUUCAGUAUUCACUAUUCAGUAUUCACAUCUUAAGUAAAUACUUACGGUCGCACACGUGCGUACACUCGGAUUGUCAUCUGCUCGUUUAACAUGUGUCCGUGUAAUGUUCGAUGUCCGUCGCACAAGUAAAAUCCAUCAUCUAAUGCUGCAGUAAUACACUAAUAUACAUUAUUGUUAUACGAGAAGUAAACAGAACUUCACAAAGAAUUAAACUUUCAAAUACAAUUAUUAACAAAUUUCUAUACAAUACGCCUCUUUCACGGCUUUAAAAUGUCAGUCAAAAAAGUGCUUCGUAUUUUUAAUCCUCAUGCAGUCCAUACAGUCAUUUUACUAACAUUAAGUUAUUUCUUAGUGCAACUAGUUUUCAGUCAUGUAUCGCAUUCACUCACCUUGCUCGUCGACUCGUACCACAUGCUAUGCAAACUUAUAUACUUUUUUGGAUCUGUACUAUGUAUUAAGAAAAACGAUUAUGAAGAGAUGUGCUCAAAUGAAGGUUGCGUGGAAAAAAUCCUAAAAGUGGAGAACGAUUCACCUAAGUUCAACUUGGCAGUAUCCAAGUCUGGCCAAUUAUCGUCUUCCAGUUGCGUACAUCGUCUUCCCGAGAAGAAGUUAAAGAACACAUUCGGAUGGGCAAGGAUCGAAGUAGUCUUAAUGCUCGGCGGUUGCGUGUUUUUGGCGUCUCUUAGUUUCUCCUUGGUGGUCGAAGCCAUUCAAACUCUCAUACACAUCGAUCAUCAAGAUCCAAUGCAUCAACCGAUAUCAGUGUUCAUUAUCGGUGUUGUUGGUAUACUCAUCCACGGACUCUGUUGCUUAUUGCUAGGAGGUCCAUUUGUUCAAAACGCAAGAGUUCCUGACGAAGAAAGCGCCAAUGCUCUUUUAAGUUCUGGUCAAUUGCUGAAAAAAAAAAUACAAAUUAAAAACUGUUGCUCAAGAGAAAUAUGUCGAGAUGUAGUUGGUUGCACGAUGGUGAUGAUUUGUUCUAUCAUCGUAUUAUUCACUGACCCUUGUAUAGGCAAAUUUGUUGAUCCUGGAAUUUCAAUCAUAUCGGCUGUUAUAAUGCUCUAUCUUAAGUAUCCAAAUAUGAAAGAAUCGUGUUUAAUUCUUCUUCAAACCAUGCCCGACCAUAUGAAUAUUGAUGUAAUUUGCAAAAACUUGAUGAAAACAUUUCCAGACAUUGUAAAUGUACAUGAACUACACAUAUGGCAACUAACUGAAGAUAAAAUAAUAUCUACUGCACAUAUUAUGUUUCUUAACCCUCAAGAUUAUUUGCGAAUAAAUAAAGCGGUUGUUAACUUUUUCCACGAUAAUGGAAUUUUAGAAGUGACUAUUCAACCAGAGUUUUUCAAAGACGAUCAAAAUAUACAAAUGGUUCCAGAAUAUGGUAUGGGACAGUGUUUGGUUCAGUGCAAUAAUAUCGAGUGUUUCGAUAGAAAUUGCUGUGAACCAAAUGACAUUGAAUCAAUUCAACAAUGUUAAGCUUCAAAUAAAACAAAUUUAUAGAGUUGAAACAAUCGUCUUGCUCACCAACAAUAAUUGUUGUUUGAUAAAUCUUUACAAAUUUUUCAAAAGUAAAUAUUUCAAAUUUGAUUACCUUAUAGGUACCAUGUGUAAAUAGGUUAUAUUGACCUCAUUUAUUAUAUAUAUAUAUUUAUACAUAUAUAUAUUUUUUUUUAAUGAAAAAUGCGUUCCUAUGUGUACUCAUUAUUGU